AAUGAGAUUGAUCGAUUAAUGGAAAUUGUUGCUGGUUUAUGCCGUGAACGAUCCAAUAACGAUCCACCUCCUGAAUAUUCGCAUAACCUUACUGAAGGUGACAAUGAAGCGGUCAUUGAUCCACCAAAAUAUCCAUCAGUUGUUAGAAAUUUAAAUUUAAAAAAAGACAAUGAAAAAACAAAAUUAGAUUUGGAUAAUGUAAUUUCUGCAAUCGAUCGUGUUUAUUGUGUGGCGCCUCAACUUAAUAAUCAACGUGUAGAACUUAGUCCACGUCAAAAGAAAAGGUUAACCGCUGCUACUUUAUCAAAUGUCAUUCAAAAAUUAUCUCGUGGACGUCUUGAGGAACAGCGCGCCGAUUCUUCGUCAAUUACAAAAUAUCAAACGCUAAAUCGGCUUGUUGACCAAAUAAAUAAAGCAGCAGAAAGAAGUUUUGUAGAUCAACGUGUUGAACUUAGUCCUCGUCAAAUACGACAACAUGAAGUUGCAAAAUUAAACGAGAAAGAGCGUUGUCUCAAAGCAUCCGUCCUUGCGUAUGUUGACCUUAUUUCAGAUGACAUAAUAUGA